AUGACCGAGGCAAUUAAGCAUCUUUUUCAGAACACGCUAAACCCCGAUCCACAGAGACGCAGAGAAUCAGAAGAUGAACUGCAAAAACUUGUAUCUAACAAGGAAUUCGUGUAUUCGCUUCCUGGCACCUAUAUGAAGGACAGUGAUCCCAUAAUACGGCAGGUAAGUGCAACGUUUUUCAAGAAUGCUGUCGUUGAAGACCUGAACUUGGAUGCCGUGAACUUGGCGGUUAAGGACCCCCUAAACGCCGGUAUAUACGGGGAAAUCAUCUCACAACACGUAGCUAAGAGCAAGGAGUAUGUUGCCGAGUUCCAAAAUAUAAUAAGAGGUGAUCUCGGCAAAGAGUCGCUGAACACCGCACUUCUGAUCCUGAAUGCGUAUGCGGAGAGAGAUAGGACGAAGUUCUCCAACGCGGCAACCUCCUCGCUUCUACAGGACGUUGAUCCGCUUCUUUUCUUUGGUAAGUUGAAAAAUUGUCAGGAGUUUAGAAAGACGCUCUCCAAAAUAUUCGAUAAUUACUACGUACCGCCACAAAUGCUCGACAGUAACUUCUUGAGAGAGGCUAUUUCUCACGCGUUGACAUACACCGACAAGUAUUCAGCCACCUUUCUCCUGAGAAUUUCUACAAGAUCAUUCAAAGGGCUUUUAAACUGCGACGACAUCCGAAAUGACGAGCGCAUUCUCAACUAUUUCUACUGCCUACGAGGAUAUGACCAGUACAAAGCCGAGUAUUUCAUUUUAUACUGCCAGGAUGAAAAUUCUGAUCGCGUGUUGCGUCAGGAUAUGCUCAAUUCGCUCAUAGAAACGUUAAUAAUACCAAAUUUGGCAUACAAGGACACGGACGUACACGAUGAUCUUAAGUUGAAGUACAAUUACUCCGAUGACACGCAUAACUCUUGCUCGCUGCUGUUCACGGACAUUCUGAAAGUCAGCAACAAACAGGAUGCUAUUCUGCAGUACAUGAAGAAUUUGUUGCGAUCAGAGCAUCCAAAGGAAAGGUACGUGGGAUUGUCGUUGUUUGUGCAGUCUGAGCCUUUGCUACGUGGUUGUAACCUGUAUCCCGACUUUGUUGAGUCUGUUAAGACUUGCUUGGAGGAUCCCUGCGAUUUUAUAAGGUCGCAGGCCUUCUACGCGUUGCAGCUGAUGGAAAUUGGAAGUAUAGGCGAAGACAGGCGAAAAGUGUUUAACAUGGUUCUUGCUGCGCUUAAAAGCAGUGAUGAAAGCAUAAGAACUAACUCGGCGCUUUGUUUGCCCAUAUUCUUCGAUGCCUCAGAUCUCCGAAAUGAUGUGGAACGUAAUUUACCGAUUAUCCUGAAUACUUUGGUCUACAACCCCCUGAAUCUUGAGCAGAUUAGCGAGACACUCGAAACGGUCAUUGAUACGUUUGACAUUUCCAGUUAUGCAGUUGAUCUGUGUAAGAAGAUGAUUGAUAGUGUUAAGAUUGACAACAUAGAGACAACGCCUUAUCUGAGGAUUAUAAGUGAUCUGAUUUUGAACCUUGAGGAAAAGCAAGAUGUGGUUUUCAAAAUUUAUGAACUUGUGCUUCCCACAUUGUUUUACGUUCUGAAAAACCAGAAGUACGAUUUUUACAUCGAAACCUUGGAUAUAAUUAGCAAUAUUCUCUACGUUUUCAAGACAGGUGACCGUAACAUUUUGGAUUUGAUCCGUAUGAUUUUAGAGUCCGAUCAAAAAGAGCUGAUAAACUGUUCCGAGGAGAUGACGUAUCUCCUGGAUAACUAUAUCAGUCACUGCGCGGUAUCAAACCUGGACAAAAUAGUGAGUUUUAUCGAUGCUUUGUGUUACCAGGACGAUGAAUACUUGUUUGAUGAAGAUUUCAUUAAUGGAUGUCGAAUAAUCGAGAGCCUGAUUCUAAACGGAAAGUAUAUUGCUGAUGUCAACUAUAUGGAGCACUUCCUGAAGGUAGUCUUCGACAAUUAUUCAAAGCUGGAUAACAACAGCCUUGUCUAUGGCCUAGAGACUCUUCUUAAUGCCCUGAACGUUGACACCUGCUCGGGUGGCACAAGAGUGUACACGAUAUUGAAACCGAACAUGGAUGUGUACAUACAGGACAUGUAUAAUGUCAAAAAGCGAUUCAGCAGGGUGCACGACAAAAAGAUAGGGCUGUUGUUCUGUGCGAAUAUCAUGCGUUUUGAAGAAAAUUUCGAAGUUACAAGGUUCUUGGCGCUCUUCACUCACCUUCUCUACACUUAUGAUCAGGCCGAGGUACUGCGCCAGAGAAUAAAGAGCAACGAACAGGCAGAGGAUGAUGUUGAAACAGAGUACGACGAGAGCGAUGAAUAUCUGGAGGAGGACGUGUAUUUUGUGACACCCCUUGAAAAUAUCAACGUUAAGGGCUUUUUGCGGUCAAUAUUGCCGUCUCUAGAAAACGGUACGUUUGGAUACAAAGUUUUUAGCGCGAUGGAUCCAAGAGAAAAAGAAAGAGUAUUGGCAAUUAUUAAUAAUUAAAUCUAUUUUAACUA